AUGAUUCAGUUAAUAGCAUCAUGCCCCUCUUCAUGCGUGGUAUGCUCUGAAGAUAUUACUCUAUGUCAAGGAUUAACAUAUAUACUAGCUGCUCCUGCAACCACAAAAGCUUUGAUCAUUACUGAUGGAAGUAUCAAGUCAGUAGAAGGUUUUAACUUGUCUUUCCUGCUCAAUGCAACUUUACUAAGACUCAGCAGUAAUAGGAUUACAACCAUUAGAGAUGAUGCUUUUCUUGGACUUAGAACACUGAAGACUUUACUUCUGGACCAGAACCAAAUAUCAAGCUCUUCCAUCACUUACAGCACAUUUCAUGAACUUCAGAAGCUUCAAGUACUAGUGCUGAGCAGCAAUAUUUUGAGCAGCAUUCAUGGAACCUGGUUCAAGAACAUGAAGGACCUUAUUAGACUCUAUUUAAAUGGGAAUCUGCUUACUAGCAUUACAGGUAACAGCUUUGAGAUGGCGAACCUCAGCAACCUCAGGAUCCUGGAUUUAUCAAACAAUUUCAUUCAUUCCAUCGCAAAGAGAGCCUUCCAGGGCCUCCCCCAACUGAUGGAGAUUGACCUUUCAAGAAACAGACUAGCCCUUAUUCCUGACACAUUUUCCCCCCUCACUCAAUUAAGCCUUCUAAGCUUAGACCAGAAUUGGUGGAAUUGCACAUGCAAACUUUAUGAUUUAGCCUCCUUUCUAAGGAAAUAUGUGAAUUCCUCAUCAAGGACACUCAGAAAUGCUGGCAACAUGAGCUGCAUAGCUUCUGAAAACCCAUCAGUGAUCAAUCUACUUGAGCUCACCGAGGCCAACUGUAAGCCUGCACUUAAACGCCCUCCUGGUAUUUUAAAAAUCAGGAGAAGGAAAUACGAGCGAGAUGUUGCACUGGUAGCUGUCUUUUCUUUCCUAGGAGGUGUUGGUCUCACUUGCCUAGUUUUAGCCCUCUUUAACAGGAAACUUCAACACGGCAAGGCAAAUGAACACUCGUCAGAAAAUUGCUGUUGCAGAACCCUAGAUGAAUCCCAGUGUGGUCAUGAGCCAAGAAAUUACCUCACUAAGGGAUACUGUAACUGCCACUUAACUCGGGAAAAUGAAAUAAAGGUCAUGCCCAUGUUGAGGUCUGGCAGGGAAAUGCCAUUUUUACAGGAAAAUAGUCAUCAAGAAACAGUAAAGGCAGAGUCUAAGCACACAGGCCUAAAAAUGCCACUCAGAAGCAUUCAAAAGGAGAAUGAACAGAUGACAACUGACCAUUUCUUGUGCCUUAACUGUAGACUGCUACAGUCUUAUCCUCAAGGAUCUUCUGGGAAUACAGCUGUGCCUAGCCAAGCAGAUGUACCACACCAAAAGCAUUUCCAAAGAAGAACUAGAAGCCCAGAAAACUCUGGGCAGUGGGAGGAAGACGCAAUUGUGACAAGAUUAGAGGCUCAUCCAAAAUUCAAUCAAGGAAUCAAAAGUGACACGUUCUGUGGAAGAUGUUCAAGGCCUGUAUGCGCUUUGGCAAAAGAGAGGCUUGGGAAACAUUUUGCAAAUGAAUUGUGUCAAUCUCCAUCCAAAACCGAGGACAAUGACUGCUUCAAGUCUUACAGGCAAAGGCAUCUUAUUACAGCCUUGUCAUCAGCCACGAACACACCAGAAGAGUCAAAGGAACAUUGUGUGCGAACAGCAUUAGAAAGCCAUAGAUCACCAUGGAAUGAUCAAUGUGGGUCAUUAGCGAGGAGUAAAAAUAUUACUCCACCACUAGACAACUUCCUUAUCUGUAAAUACACAGACUGUGAUAAAUAUCAAGACUACCCAACAGAAAAGAAACAGAACCAUGGCAAAAAUUUAAGACCAGAGAAAGAACAGCAUGAAGUUAAGAACAGAAGAGCAGAAGUUUGCUGUAUGAGUGAUGAAGAGAUGUCAUCAUCACCAGCAAUCAAGAGAAUGUAUCAACCCAAGAAUGUUAGUUUUUAUGUACCUGAUCUAGAAACAGUAAAAAAGGUGGAUGUGUCAACUAGUGUCUUAAGUGAGGAGAGAUCCCCUGAGAACAAGAGACAGCAUGAGUGUAUUCAAAGAAACCCAUCACCUACUCUGGCAAGGAAAUCACUUAGCCAUUCAGAAGCAGAAAAUAAAGAAAGGAGACCAUCUCCUAUCCCUGGGCAUCCUGGGGAAAAAGAGAAUGAACUCAUUCAGAAGCAUAAAGUAAAAACUAAAAGACGGGAUUACCUAACUGUGAAGUUAAAUUUACACCCCUUUAGAAAACCAAGAGUCCAUCCUGAAAAAUGUACUCCUAAAGAAAAGACAGAGCAAUGCCCAGGUUGUCAACAUACACAAUUGCAACAUACUCCCCAAAAGAAAGGAACAAGAAGAAAAGCAAAAAGCAAAUCGGAAUAUGCUGUGGCUGCCCAUGAGAUAUCAGAGAGCAAGAAAGUGAUUAUUUACUCUAAAGCAAUUGCUGGGAGACUGCCCGAAGAAAAUGGCAAGAAUGCAGCUCCAUCACUCUCUGGUCCUUCUAAGAGUAUUUCUGCCAUGAGAAUUACUGAGGGCACUUCACCAGUCAAGCAUUUACAAAUGCCAAGUUGCACCAGCCAUUCCCCUCCAUUCUCACCAAAUGGGACUCCAAGGAUGACUGCUUCGGUUAGUGCUCUUUCAUCUGACCAGUCACCAAGUAUUUCACAGGACAGAGUAAAUAAUGUUCCCAUAUCAGUGAAUUCUAAAGAGCUUAAGGACAAUGCUACAGAGACUGCAGUCUUGCCCUUUCAUCAGAAUUCUCUGAUGGCUGCUGCAAAAGGGAAAAAACAUAGCCCUGCUCCAACUCCUGUUAGCCAAGCAGAAAAUCUUGGCUUGCAAAAGCCCAACAAUGAAGAUGAUUAUCAGCUUCAACAGGUCACCGAGUCUAUAGUGCAAAGCAUGAAAGUGGAACAGUUAGAAAUACAAGAUGAAAACCUAGCCAUGAAAGAUGGACUGGAAGAGCAGGAAAGGGCGGGACAGUCUGAACCUGCAGAAGAACAUCUAGCUAGAAUGGAAUCCCAUAGCUUUGGGGAAAUGCCACCAUCAAAUGGAAACAAAACUCCCACAGAAAAGGACAUAAGGAGGACAAAAUCUCCAGAUCACUUGAGCUGUGCACUUUCUAAUUCUUAUGUCAAUGGGUGUCUUAAUACAAAAGAAGGACUUCAGAUACUGGGUGGACCUAACGAUGUGGAAGAAUAUGGAGCAAAAACACAGCAGUUGAGAGCAGAAUUAAAGACAGAACGCAACAACGAAUUGACUAAAAUGCUUAUCCCAGAUACGCCACUGGACUCAGUGGGUCUGAAUGAAGAAGGAGCACAAAUUAGGGAUGAGUGGGAGAGUAACAAAUGCAAAACAUUUCAUAAAAGUGUUGUCAAAGUGACCAUGAUCUCUAACACAUCAAGUGUCCUCACUUCUCCUGAAACUGGAAACAUACACCUGGAUAGUAACAUCAAUCUUGAAAAGAACAAUAAUGUGUGUAUGGAUAAUAACAGCGAUUUGCAAGAAAUUCCAAACAAUCAGCUUGAUGAUGGGAGCAAUGAAUAUAAAGAAGGUAAAAUGCCAACAACAACACAUCAAGAGCUUUCUUUGUUACCAGACUUUAAAGAUGUCAGUUAUGAAGAACGAACUGAGAUGUCUUGCAAUACAAAGAAUGCUGAAAUCUCUGUUCCUAAGCCUACAUUGUCUCCCACAUCUAUCGAUAAUGAUAAAGAAUUACCUUUACAGGUGGAACAAAGCAAAGCUAAUAUUUCAAAUAACAUUUAUCCAUCUUUAGUUCUCUUCAAAGACAAAAAGCCCUUUUCGAUAUGA